GUAAAAACUUAUAUAAAAGAAAAUGAGAUUAUUUAUCUUUUGGAAAUACCACUUGUCACUAAGGACAUUUAUAAUUAUUAUAGACUCUAUCCCUUACCUGUUAUAUCCCAUAACCAUACCUUUGUCAUUUUACCUAAGUUCCCAUACCUAAUAGCGAAAGGGUUGAACACACGUCUAUUAGCUCAUCCAUGCCAGGAAGCCGACGAGUCCUUCUACCUUUGCCCCGAGGACGACACAACCCAGCUUAUAAAGGAUGCUUGUAUAACCGACCUGAUGAUGUACGCUGAAAACAUGUCAUCAUGUCUUUCAGUUCCAAUCGAUUUAGAAGCCGUCAGGGUGCAGCUCAUACAACAGAAUACAUGGAUUUUAUAUACUAAGGAGCCAACUUUACUUACCAAGUUAUGUACUGAUGAAGUAUCAAGACAAAAGAUAUACGGUACAUACAUAAUAACAUUAGAUGAUAACUGUUCAGCCAGAAUAAAGGGUAUUAAUUUAACCAGACAACCUGUAGAAACUGAAAGCUCCACAUACCUGAAACUACCCUUAAUAAAUCUACCAACGAUAAACUUACCUGCAGAAGCACCGCCCCUGAAGUCGAUGAACUUGAAAGGAAUAGAACUUACAGACCUGAAACUAUUAUCAAUCGCCCUAGCGAAAAGUGAUCCUGAAAAUAGUGAAAGUGAAAACUCAAUUGUGAAAAUUAAAAGUGUUAGCAUAUGGACCAUUAUUCUUUAUGUAUUAAUUGUUUUAAUUGUAAUGUGUAUUUUAGCAUAUAAAUUUCAUUUAAAAUUGUAUAACUGUUUUGCUCAAAGUUCUCCUGUUGUAUCCAAAAAUGAGAACUUUGAACUUAAGGAGGGAGGAGUUAUGUAUGCUGAGACCUCUAUGAAUGCCCGCGUCAGCGCUAUAUUCUGAAAACAAUUGUAUUACUUUGUAGUUAUCAUCUCCUGACUCAA